GUACGAGAGCUUCGACGCAAGAUACGCUACAUUCAACAGAUUCCCUCACCCUGCUACCACACUGUUGAACCCUCACAAAUUGGCUGACGCUGGACUUUUCUACACAGGUGAAAGCGAUACAACCUUGUGUUUCUACUGCGGGUUAAGACUUAUCCAUUGGGAGCCUUUUGACGACCCGUACACGGAACACGAGAAAUGGUGUCCGAGCUGUGACUACAUUCGUUCCGUAAUAGAUCGCAACAACCGUGACUCACGGAUGACCAGCAUGGUCCCAUGCGCUCAACCACAAGGUUACACAGUCGAAUAUGAACGUAUCGGGGCAACAAACUCCCAUGCACAUGGCAGUGAAAAUCCCAUACAAAAUGAGCGUACGCCAGACAUUUUGGGGCUGAGCAGCUCAGGUCUCGUCCAGCAAGAGCAAUAUGCGGCAUCGAGGAACGCAUACACCGUUCCUCAUUCGAGACCAGUUCACCCACACUAUGCCACGUUAGCAAGCAGGGAGUCGUCUUUUGAGUCUUACCCAAGAAAUGCCAAGGGAAACAAGGAGAAGAUGGCCAAGGCAGGAUUCUUCUUCACUGGUACUGAUGAUCGAACUACGUGCUUCCAGUGCGGGAACUCUCUGUGCAGUUGGGAUGAAGACGAUGACCCGCUACUUGAACAUGCCAGGUGGUAUCCAGACUGUCCUUAUGUGGUCCUCAUCCUAGGAGAUGAAACGAUCAAGGACGUGAGACAGGCGCACAGGAAUACCCUUGCACAGCGCCAAACCGCAGAAAUCUGUCGAUCGGAUGAUCUCAGCAAUGUGUUGCUGCGUCAUCUGAUGUCGUCACCACUUGUACACCGUCUGACAGCGCAAGGCAUUGAUCACCUCAUCGUGGAAUUAGCGAUACGGAAGAGGCUUAACGGCGAAGGGUUGAUUGACGUACUGGACGAACAAGACCUGCGUCGGGCUUUGACGGACGUUGUCUCGUUGCCGGAGAACGUCAGAACAAAAGAAGUUCCAAAGGCUGAUACAGGUGACCUAAGCAAGUGCGUCAUCUGCAACACGGAGGACCGCCGUAUCAUAUUUCUUCCCUGCAAUCAUCUGAUCGCGUGUAUCGGGUGUGCCGCGUCCUGCAGCGUUUGUCCUUCCUGUAAGCGGCCGAUUGCAACCAGGAGGCAAGCCUUCUUAGCCUGAAAAGGACGGGGAGAAGGGCCGGUCACAUAAAGAGGAAUAGGCAGCCUGGGCCUAGCAAACAGACGACAUAACGUACACUGGACAGGCGCAGGACGGCAAUGGUUCGAAGAACAAUACUGCAUCUUCCAAAAGCUUCAAAGGACGGAAGAACAAUACAAUACUGAAUAGAACAUAUAACCAUUUUGGAUAAAACUCUAAGAUUUUACUCAACCAGUAUAGUCACUGAUAGAAAUGUGUGAUUGUAAGUGCACACGGUAGAACAGUUGCACAUAUCUUGGAUAUAUGCACAAGUGCGGCACGGUGUUCCCUCUAGCGUGGAGACAUGUGUGCUGUACGAUCAAAAGUUCAUCACAAACUUUUAUUUCGAAAGUCUCCAAUCCGACACAUGUGCACUGGUGCACAAUGUGGCAGUCGCCAGUUAAGUUACUAGUUGGCGGUCGAUGCAAGGUGCUAUCCUUCAACGCCUCCACACCCGCGAACAUUCUUAUUACCUUGGACCUCAAAACCUUCAACCCGUUUAUUAUCAGAAAUACCUUGGCUUUUUCUCCAAGUGUUUUGUUUUUGUGUUUUUGUGGUGUAUCCAAGUGUUUUUGUGUCAUAUGUUUUGGUCAGAAAACAUUACUCAUGUUUUCUCAUGUACGCGAGCUGCGCACUUGCACGGUAACCUGUUCAAGAAGGUUGCUUACAUAUGUUUUAGAGACCCACGCUGGAGUAUGCUUCUCCAAUAUUAUACUCUUAUCACGUGACCCUUUCCCACUUAAUCGAAGCAGCGGAGAAUCGAGCCGUGUGCGACAUCUUCGGCAACAAAAGCCAUAACAUAGAAUGGUAGACAAUCCACCGCGCCGGUGAGGAAAUCCUAAAGGAAAAGUUUUAGGACGAGAGCCGCCGACAUUUUGGCUAGGCGCCUUGCUGAUCAUUGCUAUGGGUCUCAAAGGGUCAGGAAUGACGCUUUAAAGGACGACGACGGGUUUUCGUUAAAAUACCCACGCACCAUCUUGACCUAUAACACGUAAGAACCUUUAACCCGCCUUUGCUGAACGAAAAUAUUCGCGAGACAAUAGACCUCAUGUAAAAUUAGCUUUCUUCCUACCAACCUUGGGCUUACUUUGCUCUCAUUCGUUUACAUCUCACGUGUGCAACUGAAAUGUGCGAACUCACGCAUGGUUUACUCUGCAUACAACCCUAAAGAUUCCACCGAAUGACGCUGUUACUUUUGCCUUCCUGCUCUUAUCUGUCAUGAGGUUUUCUGCCGUUGAGGAUGUCAUUGGGUUUUCUCUGGGUCUUUCCGGCAGACUUUCUAAACUGCUAACCCCCCUGUCUCCCACGCCUUCCUGCUGUCCUCUCUGCAUGAGUUCCCGUCCGCAGUUGCUUCGCGGCGCUAGCAGCGGAUAAAAAAUAAUAAGCUAAUUUACUCCCGAAACGUUUCCCAUCCUACAACUCAAGAGCUAUUCUAUAUGAACUAUUCAAUGCGCCGGGAUGCUCUUCACCUGCGAUUGCCUUCACCGGUGCAUUCACAAGUAGUGAACACAGGAAAGACAGAAGCAGUGUCGUUUACCAACAAAGUAAGCCCUACAGUUUUUGCCUAAACUGUACGGCACAGAUCUACGUAGGGUGUCUGCUGUCGAAGACUUUGACAUCUGGUUGGAUCACCGUCUCGCGUCUAAUGUGCGCGUUGAUCAUGUUGUAAAAAAAAUAAAUAAAUAACAGUGUAUUUCUUGGUCUUA